AUGGCCACGUACAUCGAGGGCUGGAUCCACGCCGGCGAGGUGCCCUUCCCGUGCCCGGACCCGGCGUGCAGGGAGGGGGAGGACAGCCGCGCCCUGCACCCUGAGGUGUGCAAGAAAUGCAUCGACUUCGCCGCGUUCGGCAGCUGGGGCUACCGCCUGACCGAGGCCGCCAUCCCCGCGAGCCGGCGCGCCUACUGCCCCAACCGCCAGUGCGGCGUGAUGCUCGAGACCACAGGGGGCAAGACGCCGGCCAUGGCCUUUUGCCCGGCGUGCGGCCACCCGAUGUGCGCCACGUGUGCCACGGACUGGAGCUCCAACGGCAGCGGCCAGCACGACUGCACCGAAGGACCGAGUGCCGUGCUCGUGAAGAAGCUCGCCGAGGAGCGUCGAUGGAAGCAGUGCCCAAAAUGCAGGAUGCUUGUUGAGAAGACCUACGGGUGCAAUGUCAUGCGGUGCAGGGUUCCUGGCGGCGGCUUCGAUGAGGCCGCUGGCCUGGCUUUUGCUGCUCCGAGCUACUCCCUUUGA